AUGGAUUCAUACAACCAAACACAGAGGACAGAAUUUAUCUUCCUGCCAUUCUCCAGCCUUCGGAGCCACCAGGUCCACCUUUUCUUGGUGUUCUUAGCUGCCUAUUUGGUCACUCUGUUGGGCAACUUCAUGAUCAUAAUCUUAAUUCUCCUGGAUUCCCGUCUCCACACCCCCAUGUACUUCUUCCUCAGCCAGCUCUCCUGCCUGGAUAUCUGCCUUUCUUCUGUGGUGGUACCAAAGAUCCUGGUGAACCUCUUACGCCAGCAGUACACCAUCUCCUACGAACAGUGCCUGGCACAAGCCUUCUUCCUGAUUGGAUUUGCGGGAUGUGAGCCUGCACUGCUGGCUGUCAUGGCCUAUGACCGCUACGCUGCCAUCUGCCAACCUUUGCACUAUGCCCACCUGAUGAGGAGCAAGUUGUGUGUCCAGCUGUCUGUGGCCAUCUGGCUCUGGGGCUUCCUGGACUCAGCCAUCCACACCGCUCUGGCCUCCAGGUUGGAGUUUUGUGGAAACAACAAUGUUCCUCAUAUCUUUUGUGAUGUUCCCCCAUUACUAAAAAUUGCCUGCAGUGAUAUCUGGGUCAACGAAUUGACCAAUCACAUCACCAGCAUCUUUGUGGGCCUCGGUCCCUUCCUCUUCAUCAUCCUGUCCUAUUUUUUAAUUUUGAUCUCUAUUUUGAAGAUUCGUUCUAACACCGGCAGGCACAAAGCCUUCUCUACUUGUGCAUCACACAUUGCUGUGGUAACUCUCUGCGUUGGAAAUGGAUACUUGAACUACAACCAGCCCAGUGCUGGCUACUCCAUAGAGACUGACGCGCUCAUCUCCACAUCAUUUUGCAUCGUCACCCCCAUGCUGAACCCCUUGAUCUACAGCCUCCGCAACAAGGAGGUGAAGGGGGCUCUGAGGAAGCUUCUCAGCUGCUGGAAGACAGCGUGGUAUUGA